AGACGGUGGCGGGGUGAUCAGGGAGGAGAAUACACUACAGCCCUUGGUCACCGGUAACCAUGGAAGUAUACUCGUGGUUGAAGCGCAGUCUAUCGAGAAGGCAAAAGUCUUCGCUGCCAACUUCGACCUCCACCGCUGAUAACAACAAAAAUAGUGCUCAAAAAACCGAGGAACGAUUCUACGGCAUCACCGACCAAUUAAUCGAAUUCGUCAAAUCAUUCUCUAUUGAUACUUUCAAGAACUUCUCUCUCCCAGAUGUAGAAGAGGGAGUAAUCCGGGCGGCGGCCGAUGAUGGGGGCUCUGGAAAUGUCAGGGAUGAUCUUUCAGAUUGGCAGGAACGACAUGCUGUGCUUAUCCUUUCCAAUGUCAAGGAACUGUCACAGCUCAGGUUUAGGUUAUGCCCCGGUAUCUUGAAGGAGCAAGAAUUUUGGAGAAUCUACUUUAAGCUAGUUUGGAGUUACGUUGCUGAGUAUGAACUGCACGCUAUACGACUAGCAAAACUUAAGCAAAUGAGAUUGGAGAAUGAAGCUGAAGUGAAGUUUAGUUCGUAUGAAGUCGAAAUGUCAGAGGCAAAGCCACCGUUACCUCUGGGGUCUGGUGCUUCUUUGAAAAGUGAUUCUUACCUAAAAGAAAGUAGCAACUCUGAAACAGACAAGGUUUUCAACAACUGACCAUUACUCCUGCUGGAGCCGUGAUAGCUUUUUACUGAUGACAAGUUCUAUAGAUGAUGCUGCCAAUCCACCUCCUUUUUCUUGUUUUGUAUCUAAAAAUGCAACAAAUCUUCAGUUUGAUAGAUUAGGGUCAUCGGCAGAUGGGAGAGCUUCCUAAAACUGUACUUUCCCUUGCUAUUACUAUUACAGUUGUAAUCACUGCAGCUUUAAUUUUGUGGCCAUUGAUAUUUACCUUUA